AAACAGGCUCUUUAAUACCUAAAUAUCAUAUCAAAAAGGCUUGUAAUUUGCAAAACUGGCUCUAUGCUUCGCGAAAUUAGUUGCAAAACUCGCUGAAUGCGUUUGAACCAAUAGCGCGCGUUAGAAUAUUCACGUGACUUUUUGCAGCUGUUUAUGUGUUUUUACGUCUUAUUUGCAGUCGCAGCGUGUGUCAUAUUAGUUGUUAUCGUCCGUCUUAUUUCAACGAUUGUUGAUAUUGUUCAGUGUUCAAUUAUUAUUUUAACGUCUUAUUUGCUAUGGAAAUACUACAUGCUAGUUCAAGUGUUUUACCUAGCCCUGCUGGGAAAGGACGUAAGAAAGAACGUCAGCCAGAAAACUAUAAAAGAAAUGUUGCCAAGCGUAUGCGACAUUUACCACAGACUCUGGCAACGUAUCCGACCUGCAAGCAUGAUGGUCGACCAGGACAACCUUAUUAUUGCACGACACUAACGAUGGCGCAGGUCAAGGAGUGUCACGCGUACUUGUACGAAUCUAAAGACAAGAUAGAACAAGAUAGGCGAAUACUGGCUUGCUGCACGGGAAACAAACCCAAAAGAGGUAAAACAGACCACGCUCAGGUUUCUAUACAAUACAAUAUCCGUUUGAAGGAUGGGCACUUGAUAAGGGUAUGCCGAAAUGCCUUUUUGGAAAUAUCAAAUUUUAGUAAAGAUAGAAUUCAAAGGGUAAUGCGAAAUUUUGUGCUUUUCGGGGCUCUUCCAAAGGAACGCAGAGGUGGCGAUCGAGUAGGUGUAAAAAAUAUUGACAAGCAAAAAAGCAUAAAGCAAUUCAUUGAAUCAAUUCAGUGUGUUGAAUCGCACUAUUGCCGAAGCAAGUCAAGUGUCCGGAUGUAUUUACCUUGUGACCUUUCUUUUAAAAAGCUCUACAAUCAAUAUCUGGCAAAAACCCCGGAAGGUAUGCAUGUAAAAAUAAGUUAUUUCAGAAAAUAUGUAAAUGCUAAUUACAAUAUUGCAUUUGGGACCCCACAGACUGACUGUUGUUCUUUCUGCCUGAGGACGAAAGAACAGAUUAAAUCAAUGACAUCCGCGAGUGGUAGGCAUCAAUUAAUUGUGGAACAUCGCAUCCACGUAUUGAAGGCAAAAACCUUUUUCAAAUUACUUAAAUACACUAAACCAACAACAGUUACCUUUUCUUUUGAUUGUCAAAAGAAUCUGGCCUUACCACGGUUGCCUGACCAAUCUGCCUACUUUAGCCAGCAAAUUAAUUACAAUAAUUUCACAGUCGUAUGUGGUAGCUCCCAGACUUAAUUAAGAGUCACAAAUGUCUUUUCAUACUUAUGGACCGAAAUUCAAUCUCCGAAACAUUCUAAUGCUAUAACAUCGGCUGUUCGAGAUGUUUUGAUUAACUUCAAUUUUGAAAAUUCCGUAACAAAAAUAAAUUUAUUUGCCGACGGGUGUGGCGGCCAAAAUAAAAAUACUAUAAUGAUGGCAAUGCUGGCCCACUGGCUUCAAGAAGGGGCGCCAAAAAACAUUAAAUGUCUGGAACUGAUUUUCCCGAUGGUUGGACAUUCCUUCAUCCCUCCCGACAGGGUUUUUGGUUUGGUCGAAAAGGACAUAAAGAAGACACCAGUAAUUGUCGAACCUUGUCAAUAUGAUGACAUAAUUAAAAAACAUGCCACUGUUCGAAAGUUAGGGGUUGACUGGAGACUAUUCGACUGGAGAGCAGAGACCAAAAGAGUAGUGAAGAAUCCCUCAUCGUGGCAUUUUGCCUUCAAUAAAGCAAAACGUUUCAUUUUCAUCAGGAAUAAUGGUACUGUUCUGGUGCAAGGCGAACCUAAUUAUCGCACUAAUAUUGGGCAACCUAAAGGUAUUUGCAAAAAAAAUUGCAAAGUUUCCUCGCUAUCGCCU